AUGGCAUCAGACAAGCUCUUGCAGAACUUGCACGAUCGGGUGCGCAACGAGAGCACAGCGGCAGAGACUGAAUGGGCCAACGCCACGCGUUCGCUCACGGCCGCGCGGGCCAAGGACGAUGAGCUCAGGGCCGAGGUAAAGUGGCGUGCGGCGGAGAGAGCUGCGGCCGAGCGGGCGGCAUCUGAGGCAGAAUCCCGGCACCAGAUGGCCAAGGAAGCCUUGGCACAAGCAGAAAAGCAAUGUAUGCUCGCCGCGGCAGCAGCAGCGCAAAAGCAGAGCUCGCUGCGACAGCUGGCCGAGUUUGAGUCCGCCAUCGAACUCCAGGCAAAACUAGCAGAGCAAGCCAAAACGGAGCUCCAGCAAAUCAAGUCUGAAGCCAGUGCCCGGCAGCAAGAAGUGCAGACUUUGCGCCAGGACUUGUGCAAGCUCCGAGAGUUGUAUGACGAGAAGUGCCAGCGGCAAGUUGCGUUCACGAAGGAGCACGAUGCACUGGCGCAGCAGCUUGAAGCCAUCCGCGGAGAAUUGGCAGCAGCCAGAGCGAACAAUGCCGAGCUCCAAGCCAGCCUACGCCAGGAGAAGGCAGAUCGUGAGCAGCUUGCGACUGAACUCUCUUCCACCAGAGCCCGAGAGUUGGGCCUUGGGGGUGAGCUGGCGGCGCUUCGCCGAGCCGUGUCGUGCGCGAAGACGGAAGCUUCCCUCCUCCGUGCAAAGCUUGCGGUACCGACUUCCCCCUCAGUGUACCCACAGCCUGCACGGCCUGCACCCGCAGACCCACGCCAAAGUGGUGGAGAGCCUGAAAUGGGAACCAGCAUGGCUUCCUGGUCUGCCCCUAGAGCUGAGCCACAACACAUGGACAACAAGCAGGUAGAGUUCUCAGCGUCGGACUUUCCUCCCCGACUGAAGAUACAGCCAACGAUGCGAUCCGACAUCAUUGCAACAAAUAAGCCACUGCCGCCGGAAGGGGCAGCUGUUGUGGACGCAGAGCCCAGUAAGCGAAAGCUGUCGAGCAGUUCGCAGGCUUUGCCGCCGGGGCGUGUCGAUGAAUUCCCAGAUACACAGCAAGACGACAAGCCACACGUGAAGCGCGCUCGGUUCUCCGAUCCUGGCAUCCAGGAGCCGCCAGUCGUUGGAGUGUGCAAACCAGAAUCGUCGCCCUCCCCGCUGCAUGCCGCGAAACUUAGUGCCGACGCUGGGCCCGGGCCUGGCCUUUCAGGACUUUGGCCGCCGCUCGCCAGAUCCCUUCAGCCAGCCGGCCUCCGGCAUCCAACGCUGGAGCCUUUAAAAGGAGCUGCUCCAUGCAAACAGCAGAGCGCUCUCCCGUCAGGCCAGCCGGCAACUCCGGCAGCCACCAACUCCGGCAAAAGGUAUAUGCGCACUAAAGAGGAGGUCUUGCGGCUGGCGCGCUCGAUGUAUUCCACAAAGCCCACAGCGAAGCAGCUUCGCAAUCCUCCGCUGAAGCUGUAUCCAGCCCAUGUGGACUACGUCCUCGCUACCUGGGACCGGUGCCCCCCAGGAGGUUCUGAAGCUGGGGCAUCUGGCCGUGCCACAGCUAGACCUGCAGCAUUCACCACGAGCACAAAUACCAACUCUGGAAUGCACACGAGCUGGCAACAUGUACAGCACUUCCUCCAGUUGCAGAACGCGCAGAGCUCACGAGACAGCCUCGCAAGCGUGCGCGUCGUCUCCAGUGUGAGAUGA